GUUCGAAUACUGAUGCGUGCAAUUUCAGUAUUUUCGAAUACUGAUGCAUGCAAUUUCAGUAUUAGAGCCUCUGCGUGCGCUUAACUCAACUCCGAACACUCUUAACUGAUCUCCGGGCCACAAUAUCUAGCUAUUACAGUGCUGAAAUACAAUUUCAAAACAAAAACCCGAGAAAAAAAAAGACCAAAGAUGCAGUUUUUAUGUCAGACUUGCCGCUUCUGUCUUGACACGCACGAUGGAACACUCCGGAAAACGACUCCUCAGAGCGUCUGUUCCUUUCCAGGCCCGCGUCCCCAACCUGUCGACCCGACGAGUCAAACCCGGCAACCGAGCUGUAAAAUGAACCUUUUUCGCGUGUCCUCUUGGACAUACUGUGUUGUAAUGAGGUAUGAAGUUAAAACGUGGGUAGUAAGCUAAUCCUUCAGAAUAUUCCAGACCAGUCUACUGUAGAAUUGUUUGAGAUAUCCCAGCUGUGUUGCGUUAUCUACCUCGCUGUUUACCGAACCCCUGCGGUUAUGCAAAAUCUAAUAUGUUUCCCCAGCGUCGACAAUAAAGUUAAGCCUAAUAAACCUGCUUGUCUGAAAGAGUUAGACUCUUGACUCCAGAGCCAUGUUGUGGAAAAUUUCCGAGCUUAUUUACAAAGCGCAGAACACCCAGUCGAGGUGCUAAUCAAUACACUGCUGUUACAAGUAAGUAGGUCUAAAUAAAUACAGGCUCAAAGCCAGCGGGGGACCCACAAGGUGAGGUGCGGUAACGAUACUGCCAGGCAUGAAUGAUUAGAAAACCGUUUGAUCGCGUUUAAUAUCUUAGGGAUUAACAUAAUGGGAAUGUCUUUCACUAGAGACAAGCUGAAAUGAAAGUAGACCUUUUUUAAUCCUAUUUCCUGUUGUUUGGCCAGGUUAUAUCUCGCGAUCAAAAAACAACCCGCUCUCUGUUCCACGUAGGAAUUAUUACGCCACAUCACGGAAAUGAAGUAGGUCUUUCCCGUCGUGUGUCGUGAUUUGUCAUUUCUGAUUACACGAACUACAUGCGAUUCUUCACACACGGUGUGUUGUCUGUCCGCAGCCUGUCUCCUGCCAUGUCGUGGUUCCUGUGUUUGUGGAUAGCCGUUAGCUGCCUCGUGCUCUGCCAGGCCACCCUGUACGAGACCAUCCAGCAGCACCACGUGCCUCGACCCGGCCGUAACGCCAUCCAGAUCCUCGAGGGCGGGACGUGUGAGGUGAUCGCAGCCCAUCGGUGCUGCAAUAAGAACCGCAUCGAGGAACGCUCGCAGACGGUCAAGUGCUCGUGUCUGCCGGGAAAAGUAGCAGGGACGACACGCAACAAGCCCUCCUGCGUGGACGCCUCCAUUGUGAUCGGGAAGUGGUGGUGUGAGAUGGAGCCAUGUUUGGAAGGAGAAGAGUGCAAAACGCUGCCAGAUAACUCGGGCUGGAUGUGUUCCUCCGGGAACAAGAUCAAAACCACCAGGCUAAACUGAGCCGCGACGAGUCCGGAUCAUUCUCCGCUUUCCACAGGUAAGACUUCUCCUCGUUAUUUACUGUAGCACAGAAACAAUCACCACAUUCUACACAUUGUACAAUAAUAUUACAUUAAUAUCCUCACUACCCCUACACCCUACUCCAGAGGAGGCUGCCUACGUAGGCCGAAUCACUCCGCUGUGUUUGUGCUCCUGGCGUAAAAGUCUGUCCUUUAACAAGACGUCUCGUUUUGGAUACAUAUGAAAAAGCACCAUGUGCAUC